UGUUAGCAUUGAUAGUUGUCAUGUAACUUUCAUUCAUUCAACUAUUAAGCUCCUGCUUAUUCAUAUGUUUUCUAUGUUAAGCAUAAUACAUGAAAGUGUGCGUUUUAACCAAAUAAUGAUUACUUAAAGAUUUACACGUUUCUUGCGAUUCUUAAAAGUCGAUAUUGGGUACUAGCUGGGGAGAUAAUUUUAGACUAGAAUUAGUAAACAAUAAUUUCUUUUUGCUUUUUUUUUUUUUGCCUCUGCAGAAAAUCAUAGGUGGAAAAUGAGUCUGGAAAAAUGGCAAUGAGUUCGGAGAGUUCAACUGCUAAUGAUGAAAAGACAAAGGGUAACAAAAUUUUCUCUGCGCUUAUUGUGGAUGAUGACCGUGUGCUUCGAAGAAUCCACAAAAAGAUACUGACAGGACAAGGGGUGGUGGAAAUUCAGGAGGCUGGUGAUGGACAGGAAGCUGUUGAGCUUCAUCGGGCUGGUGCUUCUUUUGACCUCAUUCUUAUGGAUUUGCAUAUGCCCAUCAUGGAUGGCUGUCAGGCAACAAAGGAGCUGCGAGACAUGGGCAUAAACUGCACUAUUCUUGGUGUUAGCACUUGUUAUGAGGAGGAGCAUAAGAAGUUCAUGGAAUCUGGCAUAGAUGACUGCAUUUCUAAGCCACUUUCUUUAAAUAAGUUAGCCUCUUGGUUGCCCGCUAAGGAUAACAGCGAGGCCGAGGACACCAUCAACAGCAGCUAUAAUAAUGAUACAGAUGAGACCGAUGACCCUAACAGCAGCAGCUGCAGCAGCAGCAACAUCAACAUAUAGAUCAAUACGCAAUUUCUAUCCAUGUCCCGCUUUCACUGAUAUAUAUAUAUAUAUAUAUAUAUAUAUGUAUGUGUGGAUCCUCCAUGCAUAUAUGAAUAAAGCUUGUUAACUUAAG